AAUUUGUCAAAAUUAUGUCAAAUGUGUCACUUUUCGUUUCCCGAAUUGGGUGGUGUUUUAUACAAAUAAAAUUUACCAAAAAUUGAAUUAAUAGUGUGUUUACAGUAGUAAUUUAAGUAAUAGUUGUGACAAACCAUGGCUAAGAACACAUUCAGUUCCGCUUUCAGAAAAAUUGAUGUCGAUCAGUACUGUGAAGACAAUUUCAAAGAAGAUGAUGGUGAUCAGGGGGGUCCGACUGGACCGGACGAGACAGAAGUCAACAGUUUACUACAAAAAGGUAAACAUGUAGAGGCCUUAAAAGCCGUGUUGGUGAAUGCCCCACUUGGAAGUAAAAAUCAGCAAAUUAAAGAAAACGCCGUUAACUUGACACUACGGGUGUUGUUGGCUAUUAAACCUUCCCAGAUUGAAGAAGCCGUAAAUUCCUUAAACCCUGACUUAAUCGACGUGUUGAUGAAAUACAUUUAUCGAGGUUUUGAGUAUCCUUCGGAGGGGAGCAGUGGCCACUUAUUGGUAUGGCAUGAAAAAGUGUUCAAUGUUGGGGGAGUGGGAUGUAUUGUGAGGGUGCUCUCUGACACAAGACGAGCCUAAAACUCAGUAUCUUUCAUUCAAGUAGACUUAAUAAGUGUAACCUUUGUUUUAUACAUAGUAAUUUUUAUCUUAAUAAAAAAACAAAUACAAAUUUAUUAGAUCACAA